AUGCCCACGCUCACUACCACCUACCUCGAACCGACCUUCUCCAAUAGCGAUCUCCCUCUCCUUGACAGCGACGAGCUCCUCCGAGUGCUCCUCAAGUCAGUCCCUUCAGCUUAUCAAACAUCGAGUCCUGAUCGCACUUUGCGGGCACUUUCAGAGGACGAGCUGCUUGCGGAUCCUGAUUCCCAAGGUCUCCCGCCAAGCGACAGUUCAGAAGUCGCGGGUCCAGCCGCGAUGGCGGAGUCUCGUAUCGAUAGCAUCGCUCGAAGAGGCGUACUCCAUAAGCUUGGUUCGCUCUUCCACAAGCUCACGAACUCUUUGCCUAAAUAUGAGGAUGACCCGCACCCAAUAGUCAAGGUCGAAGCCGAAACAAUCGUAGACCUGACGGAUGAUGACGCUGACGUGCCUGACACGGAAGCAGAUGCCAGCGAAUCCGCUGAAUCGGCAAAAGAGGAAGAGGAGGACGAGAUCGAGGUCGAGUACAUGCUCAUCGCCGCGAAUUGCAUCAUUGCUCCCGCGGAAGCCCCUCUUCCACGAGACGAUGUGUUCCGCAAGAAACCCAGCCGCACGCGACGAGGAAGGAGGGCCAAGACGACCAAGACCGCACCUCGGCUGACGGCUCCACCCGUGAUCAAGCAGCGUCGUCACGUCAACAGACUCAUCAAGACCAAGAGAAAGCGAAGAGCUGUUCCGGGAUUCGCAUGA